GCAUGCAAGUCAGUACAGUUUACUGUUUUCAACAUGGAGCCCUUCCACCAUAUUCUUUGGAUGUCCGUUCUGGUGUUUCUAGUACUGGAGACGGCUGCGGUGUUACAGAGGGUAAAAGUCGACUUUCCACCACAAACCAACCCAGAAUUGAUAGAGAUUUGGAAGGAAAAAACCGGUGGGAAAACGUCUUGGGAGAUUGAAACGGAUGUUUUGAAAUCGGACGAGGAGUAUGAAUCAAGGCAUGCAAUCUACAAGGACAAAGUACUUGCUAUUCACGUGAAACAAACGGAAAUUGAAAAAUACAAGACUAAUGCUGCGGCGGAGUUUGCAAAGAAGAACAUAAAAAAUGGGGUUUUCUUAACUGUCGCUAAAGAUGGUAUCUCGAUAGAGUUAGUACAGAAAUACAAACUAAAUUGGAUUGGUUUUAGAAUUGAAUCGAAAGAUGAGUCAUAUCUGCGAUGGGACCCAGAUCCAAAUUUUCAGUUGUUUGAAAUUACAUUUCCAACAGAAGGCACAACAGGAUUUCAAGCUUAUUUGAAGAGAAAAGCCAGUGGAAAACCUUCUUGGUUUAUUUAUUGGGAUGAAGUGAAAACGGAAAAGGAGUAUGAAAACAGGCACGAAAACUACAAGGACAAAGUACUUGCGGUUUAUUUGAAACCAUAUAAUGCUGAGGAAUACCAGGCUAGAGCUGCAGCGGAGUUCGCAAGGAACAAUGUUAAUAAUGGAAUUUUCUUAACUGUCAAAAGAGAUAGUUUCUCAAAUGAGUUUAAGAGGAAACACGGACUAUAUUGGAGUGAUGAAUCGAUUGACUUGAAAGAUAAGUUCCAAAUAUUCUUCAUAACUGACAAAGCUGAAUACGAAGAAAGAUACAAAACCUACAAAGGCAAAGCUAUUUACACGCUAUUUCACAAGAUCGACAAAGAUAAAGUUGUACUAAUCCGAAAUGUCGAGAAGAAUGUACUGGAAGGGGCUGUAGAGGAUCGAAUGAAUUGGUUGAGGGAUAAGUGGAGGAGUAUAUACAUUUGGGUCGUCUUGCUCGUAGUUCAUGUGGAUGUCGUCGGUGGAGGAUUCAUUGAUAAACUCUGUCCGAUAGAAGAAAAGCCGCAUGGUUACCCUCGAAUGUACUACGAAAGUUCUGGAAAGGUGAUUUCAGUAAUUGGAGGAUAUGAUGACAUUACCAAAUACACGGUUUCAUGCCAAGUGAUGGAACAAUCCAAGGCUGAGGAAAGCAGCACGAAUACUCCUGAGGAAGACGACACAAAUACUCCUGAGGAAGACGACACAAAUACUCCUGAGGAAGACGACACAAAUACUCCUGAGGAAGACGACACAAAUACUCCUGAGGAAGACGACACAAAUACUCCUGAGGAAGACGGCACAAAUACUUAAAAAGACAAUCUGCUGUAAAGUACAAGUAGCGAAAUACAGAAUUGCA